GCUAUUUAUGCAUUGAUUCUUGUAGGUGGAAAUAUGGAAACACGUGAGAUGAACUAUGAAAGUUCAACUCUGAAUGAAUCUGUUUAUGAUACAUUUAAACGGGAUUUUACUGUUAUGCUUGCAAAGAUCAAGAUUGUGUUUUUGCGUAGUGUAGUUCAUCCUGAUGUCCAGAAGCAUAUCGAUGAUUGGGACCUUUGGGGACCACUUCUCCUGGGAAUUUUGUUUUCUCUCUAUAGCAGUGAUAUCAUCACCUCGAAAUAUGAUUCUUCCGUGGUGUUUUCUACUCUCAUCAUUGUUCAGUGGCUUGGAGCUUUCGUCAUUGCAGUCAACGCAAAGCUCUUGAGAGUGAAUAUCUCUUUCUUCCAAAUGGCGUGUGCUUUGGGUUACUCUCUGCUUCCAGUGUAUAUCAUGUCGAUUGUCCCACAAUUGUUCUAUUCCAAAGUGUUUGGCCUGAUGGUGUUCCGUUUGCUUGGAGUGGCUUGGUCUGUGAGAACGGUCAACGUCUUUUUGUCAAAAUCCAUGGAUAACACACGACGGGGCCUUGUUCUCUUCCCAACCCUGCUUUAUUUCCUUUUCUUUUCACUCGUUACUUUGUGUUUUGUUUGUUUGAUACAUGAGAAGGAGGGGGAGAUGAGGGAAGUGGAAGUGGAUAUGGGUUCCUAA